GGUUGUGAUACAUUACAGUUCUGCUGAGCAUCACCACUGGGGAAAUUGGACAAGUGAUCUCCUUGGGGAUUUUUGUGCAUGUGGUGCCGGGGGUGGAUGGAACCAGGCUUUACAUGCUCGGCAAGUGCUCUGCUAUGGCGGGCACACCUAACUUCCGAGUUACUCUUCACCACCGAACCAGGCAUCUCUCCUGAUCUAUAGCUCGACUUGGAAUAAAAGUCUUCCAGUAGCCUAGCUGUCAAGGAAAAUAGACAAAAGAAGAAAAGACUGGUCAGAGGCCAUCUGAGGCCAAAGAGAUAAAGCUAUAUGCCCAGAUCCCCCCAAUAGAGAAGAUGGAUGCAUCUCUAUCCACACUUGGUAACUGCGAGAAGCUUUCCCUGUCUACAAACUGCAUUGAAAAAAUUGCCAACCUGAACGGCCUGAAAAACUUGAGGAUUUUGUCCUUAGGAAGAAACAACAUCAAGAACCUCAAUGGACUGGAAGCAGUAGGGGACACAUUAGAAGAACUGUGGAUCUCCUACAAUUUUAUUGAGAAGUUGAAAGGGAUCCAUGUAAUGAAGAGACUGAAGAUCCUGUACAUGUCUAACAACUUGGUAAAAGACUGGGCUGAGUUCGUGAAGCUGGCAGAACUGCCGUGCCUGGAAGACCUGGUGUUCGUGGGCAAUCCCCUGGAGGAGAAGCACUCUGCCGAGGGCAACUGGAUCGAUGAAGCGACCAAGAGAGUCCCAAAGCUGAAAAAGCUGGAUGGUACUCCAGUAAUUAAGGAGGAUGAGGAAGAGGAAAGCUAAGGCCGUACUUGACACUUUGUAUUAAUUUAUUUAAUGUUAUGAGAAUAAUAGAUACGUUUGUAUGAUUGUCUAGUUCAAAGAUUUUGUGAGGGCGGAGCUCUGAAGAUAACACACCUCUCUCACUUCCGUCCUUGAACACCGUACCAGUGUUUCUCACCAUCAGCACCAACUCUAGUCCAGCCCACUUUUGGAAACUACCAAUCUCCUGGUUUUGUCCAGUUAGGACCAUGUCACCUAUCUCCAAAAAUGUACAUACCGGUCCUUUUAAGAGCAGAAGGACCUGCUAUCUGUACUCAGUUGCUUGGCGAUUUUUUUAAGCCAGGCAUGUUAAAGGUAUACUUUCAAGUCUGUAAAGGUUCAUGUCCUUAUAACUCAGAAGCACAAAUGCAUUCCUCCCCCGCACCUCGACCCUGCCGGCCCAGAAGGCAGUGUGGUGAUGGGAAGUGUCCCCAUUACAUCACAGCUGUACCUAGAGCCAAGAGUCCAAUGUCUAAUUGGAAACACUGACUGGCUUAGGGUCUUCUUAGCUCCUGUUAUAUUUACUUCUGUUUCCAAAUGUGUGUGCACUGUCAACUGGAAUGUAGGCUGCCUGCCUGGAUGGCCACUUGAGUCAUUAUGUACAACCAGACACCCCAUGACCCACCCGUGACCAAGGCAACGGCGGGACCACUCCUUUGAUGGUAACGUGACCGCAUCAACUCUUGUGGACCUUGCCUUAUGCAGUUUUUUAAAAAUAAUUUCUUGAAUCUUUAAAGCAGUAGUCGAUAGUUAUAAGUAUCUACCAUUGAGAUUUAUAAAAUUUUUUCCAAAUGAUUUAGCCCAGUGCCCUUUGCUUUAUGGCUAUAAGGGUACAGAGUUAAAGACUGAAUUUGGUACCUCUAAAUAAAUGAAAUAGUUUUUCAAGAUAUAUUUUUGAGAAGAUGUAGGUUAAGCAGCUCUUAAAGUGUAUCAUGUAAGUGGUGUAGAGGGAAGAGAGAGAUGUGGGACGGAUCCCAGGCAAAUGACUAGCGCUGGAGAGUCUCCUGUGGGUCACUGGAGGUGUCUUAACUUCCCAUCUGCAAAGCAAUAGUCAGGUGUGGAGAUGAUAAUUCAUCAUGCAAGAAAAAUACCCUGAAAAAUGUAAAACAUCAACAGCAGACAAAGUCCUCAGUGGGCCGUGAUGGAAGCAUCGCCCGCAGAGAAGUCAGGCCCCCCUGCCAAAUUGUGCCUAAAGUCUCAACAGAGGCCACCGAUUCUUGUUCCCAUCCCCAUGGGAGUCCACCUGUAAGCAAUGACAGUGAAAGAGGGAAGAGUCACUCUCUUUAAUGAUUGCCUCAGUAGUCUUGAUUUGAGAGAUAUAGCAGCCAUCAUUUCUGUAAGAAUGACUUUAUUCCUCUAAGAGUCAAACUGAUCAAAAGGGACCACUGCUUUGACAAUCCACUCUAAAUCCAAACAAGAAUGCCUAGUCUCGGGCUGGAGACACAGCUCAGAGGCUGAGAGCUCUUGCUCAGGACCUGAGUUUGCUUCCCAGCACCCAUGUGGAGGUUCACAAGCGCCUGGAACUCUAGGGGAUCCGAUGCCCUUUUUGGCCACCCAGGGUACCAGGCACACAUAUU